CUCACCAGGCCAAACCAGUAGUUAUAAUAUCAAUCUGAACUAAUGCUCUACCAUGAUAUGUAAGCCAAUCCAAGGAAAAAUCCCCAAAAAAUGUCAAGUAUACCAAAUUAGCAUGAAUUAAAGCCUCACAAUCCUCCUCCUAAUCCAUCCAAACAAAAAGUCAGGGAAUUUUUUUUGUUGGCCACCAUAAUCACAAUAUCUUAUUACGUUGUUCCGUGACAGAAAUCUUGAGCACUGGGAGUAGCUCUACCCAAUAACAACAACAACCGGCUUAACGACCGGCAACCCUCACCACGUCAACAGACACCGUCUAUUGCAAGAAAAAUCAACGGUUCUAUUCAUUAUAAAGUUGUUGAAAUGGUUUAGCUGCUGCCUUAAAUACAAUUGUAUUUCCCUCUAAAUUCCCCGCUAAAAUCAGCACUACCCACAUGUUAGUUUCAAUCAGUUCUCAUGGCAGCUCACCUCAUGCUCUCUGGUUCUAUUAUGUGGGAUAAAGCUUACAGGCCUCUUCCUUAUCUUUUUCUGGCAUCUUUUAUGGUAUGGUCUGUAUUGGUUUGCAUAUGGGUAUUCAACACGUGGACCAAACGCCAUUACCAGAAUGGUAAUUUACAGUGGAUGCUGACGAUUGUUCCUGUCAUGAAAGCUCUAGUGCUUGGUCUGUCAUUUCUGUUCUGGUUCUCGUGUCUUCAUUUAAGCAUGUGCUCAUUCUGGGUUGCAUUUGGGAUAUUUGUGACCAGAAUAUUUUUGGAAACAGCUUGUUUUGUUGCUUUUCUUCUUAUUUCACAUGGUUAUUGCAUUAUGCAUGAGCAACUCUCCAUUUCAGAACGCCGUUCUAUAGCUGGCAUGGUGUCCUUGCUGUACCUGACUCUCACUGGUUAUAAGGCUGCUGUGCCACAGUUUUCUGUGUUUAUGAUGUUGAUCUAUCUUUUGAUGCUCUAUGUAAUCUUUCUACAUCUGUCAAAAAAUAUUGCAUUUCUAAGAGAGCAGCUGCGGAAUAUAGAAGAUGAUGGUGUUCAAGUUAUGCAUACAGCAGUCUAUACCAAGUAUUCUAUGUUCAAGAAGUUCAAGGCUGCAAUGCUGAUGAUGGUGUUUGUUGAAAUCUUGAUGAAUUUAAAAUGCAAUGGAGUGGCAAGUGAAUACUGGAUUCAUUUGCUUGUACGUGAAUGGACUGAAAUCGUCAUAUUCUUCUAUAUCGGGUGGACAUUCAGAUCUCGAGAGCUUACUCCAUUCUUUACAAUUGUCCCUACUCAUAAUUCUAUGCAAGAGAGAACAUUGCCACCUAUUUUCAGUAUUGAAAUGAAUGAGAAGGACUUCAAUAACUUGAAUUUCAAAGAGUGGCAUAUUGGAGUGCCUACAUCACAGUCCAUGGAUGGAGAUGUUCACUGGCCAAUGUUGGUGGUAGUUCAGCAUCCAAGUGCAUCAAGGGAUGAAUCUUUUAAAGAUGUGCCUUGUUCUAAAGAAUCAGUGAGUUGUGUAUUAAAGUCUUCCAAAUCUAAUAUCAACAUUUCUAGAAGCAUAAGUUCCCCCUUACCUCGAAGUCACUCGUUCUCUUUGUUACCUGAUUCUACAUCUUUAGAAAGUUUGCAGUCCUCUUCACAGAGUUCUCAAUAUCAUGUCCCAAAAGGUUCAAAUGGAGAGAAAUACUACAAGAAUGAAAACCAUAAUUUAUAUUCCAGGAACAAAAUACAUGAGAAGGACAUCACGGAACAUAUGCCAGAUGUACUUGUAGAUAUUAAGGGCAUCAGAAACUUUUCAUUUGAUCCCUCAAGUAGAAGCAAGGGAAAGGAGUGGCGGGAACUUCAGAAUUUGGAGCAGCAGUCAUUUGUUGUUCGUUCAAGUACUUUGGCUUUAUAAUGGUAUAUUGAAAUAAGAAAGUUUUACACCAAAUUGUGCAAAGUUGUCUACAGUGAAUUGGCAAGAUUCAAUAAUAUCAGUUGUUGUAAUGUCUUGCCCCGUGAUCAACCAACUUGUAAAACAUAAAGAAAUAGAAGUUCACUCUGAUGGCACUAUUUAAUAGAUUUUACAGGGGUAAAGCAGUCAUGCGUGAUCAGCUAACUUGUAUAUCUUUUGAGAAAAUAGAAGUCCACUCUAAUCAUAAUGGCACUGUUAAAUAGAUUUUACAGGGGCAAAGCAAUCGUGCCUCCUCAAUUGUACAGAGAUGGGGAUAAUACAAAAGACAAUGGUUAUCCUUCU